AUGGGUACGGGAGACCUAAACCUCCUGAAAUCAUGGAACCCACAUCUAUUAAAAAACAAGAAGAAGGUAUGGGAAACCGAACAACAACUACUAGAAGAAAACAAGCGCCUCCGGGAAAGACAACAGGAGAUAGAAAAAGAACGUCAAAUCAAUGAACUUUCCUCACUGACAAGAAAUGGAGCAACAAAUAAGGAACAGAAAUCCGGUUUGGAUUGGAUGUACAACGACGAAGCAGCGACAAGAGAAACAAAUCAAGACUUCCUACUGGGCAAAAAACGAAUACAAGCAUCAUUACUAAACGCACAACAAUCUCGAAGUCCUCAAGACUCGAAAAACACCUCACCAUCGCAAAAUGACAUCAAACCUACAAGGAAGACAAAUGUAUCAAAAGGAAAUGCAGAUCUGUCCAGAGAUGACCCAUUUGGGGCUUUUCAAAAAGCUCAGCAAUCGCGGACCGUAAAGAAACCAAACAAAAUUCACAAACCUGCUCCUAAUCCUUCCAAAAGACAAACAAACGACAAACGUCACGUUUCUCCCCGGAAGACCUUCCAUAACGCACCCAAGGACUUGGAUUAUUAA